GUUGGAAAGCCGCAGGAGACAGGAGGCAGCGGGGAUGGAGCAAUGGGGACGGGGAGCAGGCAGGUUCCCUCGCAAAUCCCCCUCCGGCUCAAGCCGCCUCGCCCGCACCGGCAGGGGAGCGAGGAGCCAGGCAAGCAGAUGGAGGAGUGGAGCUCGCUCUAGGAAGCGGGCUUGGCCGGAGAAUGGAGGAGCCGCCAAGCGACCGGCUGAUUGGAAGAGAAACGCAGAGCGAUGGAGGCGGGGGUAGGAGGACGAUUUCUCUGCGGGGACUGGCGGCGGCGUACACGCCCGGGUCGGGCGCUGCAGAGCUUGGCUAGCUUUCAACCCGCGCUCGCCGGCUACAGCCCCGCGCGCCCCCACCCCCAGCCCUACCCGUGGCUCCGCAGGGUGAGGUGGCAUUUGACCCCGGGUUGCCCGGCCAGCGCGACCGAGGAGGUGGCUGGACUGCUGGAGGAUGAACGGAGAAGCCGACUGCCCCACAGACCUGGAAAUGGCCGCCCCCAAAGGCCAAGACCGCUGGUCCCAGGAAGACAUGCUAACACUGUUGGAAUGCAUGAAGAACAACCUUCCAUCCAAUGACAGCUCCAAGUUCAAAACCACCGAAUCACAUAUGGACUGGGAAAAAGUAGCAUUUAAGGAUUUUUCUGGAGACAUGUGCAAGCUGAAAUGGGUGGAGAUUUCUAAUGAGGUAAGGAAGUUCCGUACAUUGACAGAAUUGAUCCUCGAUGCUCAGGAACAUGUUAAAAAUCCUUACAAAGGCAAAAAACUCAAGAAACACCCAGACUUCCCAAAGAAGCCCCUGACCCCUUAUUUCCGUUUCUUCAUGGAGAAGCGGGCCAAGUAUGCGAAACUCCACCCUGAGAUGAGCAACCUGGACUUGACCAAGAUUCUGUCCAAGAAAUACAAGGAGCUUCCAGAGAAGAAGAAGAUGAAGUAUAUUCAGGACUUCCAGAGGGAGAAACAGGAGUUCGAGAGAAACCUGGCUCGAUUCAGGGAGGAUCACCCUGACCUUAUCCAGAAUGCCAAGAAGUCGGAUAUCCCUGAGAAGCCCAAAACCCCCCAGCAGCUGUGGUACACUCAUGAGAAGAAAGUGUAUCUCAAAGUACGGCCAGAUGAGAUUAUGCGUGAUUAUAUCCAGAAGCACCCUGAGCUGAACAUCAGUGAGGAGGGCAUCACCAAGUCCACCCUCACCAAGGCUGAACGCCAGCUCAAGGACAAGUUUGAUGGGCGACCCACCAAGCCACCUCCGAAUAGCUACUCACUGUACUGUGCAGAGCUCAUGGCCAACAUGAAGGAUGUGCCGAGCACAGAGCGCAUGGUGCUAUGCAGCCAGCAGUGGAAGCUGCUCUCCCAGAAGGAGAAGGACGCCUAUCACAAGAAGUGUGAUCAGAAAAAGAAGGAUUAUGAAGUGGAACUCCUCCGUUUCCUUGAGAGCCUGCCUGAGGAGGAGCAGCAGCGGGUCCUAGGGGAGGAGAAGAUGUUAAACAUCAAUAAGAAGCAGACCACCAGCCCAGCCUCCAAGAAGCCCUCCCAGGAAGGUGGCAAGGGCGGCUCAGAGAAGCCAAAGCGGCCUGUGUCGGCCAUGUUCAUCUUCUCAGAGGAGAAGCGAAGGCAGCUGCAGGAGGAGCGGCCUGAACUCUCUGAAAGCGAGCUGACCCGCCUGCUGGCCCGCAUGUGGAACGACUUAUCUGAGAAAAAGAAGGCCAAGUACAAGGCUCGCGAAGCUGCACUGAAGGCACAGUCGGAAAGGAAGCCUGGCAGUGAGCGUGAAGAGCGGGGCAAGCUACCGGAGUCGCCCAAGAGAGCCGAGGAGAUUUGGCAACAGAGUGUCAUUGGCGACUACCUGGCGCGCUUUAAGAAUGACCGGGUGAAAGCCUUGAAAGCCAUGGAGAUGACCUGGAACAAUAUGGAAAAGAAAGAAAAACUUAUGUGGAUUAAGAAGGCAGCUGAAGACCAAAAGCGAUAUGAGAGAGAGCUGAGUGAGAUGCGGGCACCUUCAGCUGCUACAAACUCUUCCAAGAAGAUGAAGUUCCAGGGAGAACCCAAGAAGCCUCCCAUGAACGGUUAUCAGAAGUUCUCCCAGGAGCUGCUGUCCAAUGGAGAACUGAACCAUCUGCCGCUGAAGGAACGCAUGGUGGAGAUUGGUAGCCGCUGGCAGCGCAUCUCCCAGAGCCAGAAGGAGCACUACAAAAAGUUGGCCGAGGAACAGCAGAAGCAGUACAAGGUGCACCUGGACCUCUGGGUCAAGAGUCUAUCUCCCCAGGACCGUGCAGCAUAUAAAGAAUACAUCUCCAAUAAAAGAAAGAGCAUGACCAAGUUGCGAGGCCCGAACCCCAAGUCUAGCCGGACUGCCCUGCAAUCCAAGAGUCGGAAGAGGAUGAUGAAGAGGAUGAGGAUGAUGAGGAUGAUGAUGACGAAGAGGAAGAUGAUGAGAAUGGAGACUCCUCUGAGGAUGGUGGGGACUCUUCAGAGUCCAGCAGCGAGGACGAGAGCGAGGAUGGGGAUGAGAAUGAGGAGGACGAUGAGGAUGAGGAUGAUGAUGAGGACGAGGAUGAUGAUGAAGACAACGAGUCUGAGGGCAGCAGCUCCAGCUCCUCCUCCUCAGGGGACUCCUCAGACUCUGACUCCAACUGAGGCUCAGCUCCCCAGGUGGCCAGGGAGAGCCCCAGAGUCCCCCUCCCCAGCUGACCACUUAUGUCUCCCCCCAUGUUCUGUCCCUGCCCCUGGCCUCCCCCACUUCUUUUUUUUUUUUUUUUUCUUUUUUUCUUUUUUUAAACAAAAUAUGGUGGGGGUAGGGGACUGGAGGAACUCAGGCUAGGACUCUGCAGCCUUGGAGCCAUCAACCCUGGGAUCCUCCAGGGACAGCAACCAUCAGACUGAGCCAGCACUGGACCGACCCAACCCACCCAACCCUACUCCCUCCCCCCCCUCUGCUGCACUUGCGGUUCCGGCAUGGACAAUGGACCCAGAGUGGGAUUGGAGGGGGGGGGGCUCCCAAAGAGUUCAGUGAGGCCCUCCACACUUGCAGUCCAAACCAAGGUGGGAUGGAAGAUUGGGGAGGAUUCUUCCUUCCCAGAGGGCCUGCUGCCUGGACCUCUACAUUGGAACUGGAGGCAGGGACUGAGGGAGAGGAGGGUGGGUGCCUUUGAAAAAACGGGCGCUGCCCUGAUGGCGCUCUCCCCUGCCCUGCAGGAAGGUGCCGCCUGGACCUGCUCAUGGGGAAGGGGGCAGAGUGUUUUUUAUAUAUGUGUAUAUAUUUUUUUUUAAGCUCUGAGCUGUCAACGAGACGUUUCCUACCGA